AUUAAUCUAUAAAUAGUGUGAGGGCAAUUGAAGAGUGAGAGUCUGAAAAUAAAUAUUGUAAACUAGAGAGAGAAAAUGCCUUGUCUUGAUAUCUCGACCAACGUUAAUCUUGACGGAGUCGACGCCGAUUCCGUCUUCUCGACGCUCACAACCGCCGUUUCUCAGAUCGUCGGAAAGCCCGAAAACUUCGUGAUGGUUCUAAUAAAAGGGUCAGUGCCUCUUACGUUCGGAGGUAAUAAAGAACCAGCUGCACUAGCUGAAAUUAUGGCCAUGGGAGGCCUUAAUACCAAAGUGAAGAGAGAGCUAAUUGCAACCAUUGGAUCCAUUUUACAGGACAAACUGUCUAUUCCUAAGACUAGAUUUGUCUUAAAAGUUUUUGACGCUAAUAUGGGUAGAAACAUCUCAAAAUUGUAACAAUACCAAUCUAAUUUUAUUCAAUAAACGUUUUAUAUUGAUGACGUGUUUCAGAUGGAAAUAAAUCAUUAUAAUUUGCAGUUUGAUUA